UGCAGCCCAGCAGCCAGCCAGGAUGGUCGGGGUCCUGCUCCUGCUCCUCCUUCUCCCCUUUUUCCUGUACAUCGCUGCACCCAAAAUCAGGCCAUAAAGUGCCAGUUGUGGGCAGAUUGACAUUAAGUGGACCAGUUCUUGCUUGUAGGCUGAGUCUUGUGAUUCCCCAAGCCUGUUGAAGAGCUCAAACUGAAGCCAGGAAAAUGCUGUCUAGUGGGGUGUGUACAUCAACUGUCCAGCUUCCUGGGAAGGUGGCUGUGGUCACUGGAGCCAACACAGGCAUCGGAAAGGAGACAGCCAAAGAGCUGGCUCAAAGAGGAGCCCGUGUGUAUUUAGCAUGCCGGGAUAUCCAAAAGGGGGAAUUGGUGGCCAGAGAGAUCCAGACCAUGACAGGGAACCAACAGGUGUUGGUGCGGGAAUUGGACUUGGCUGAUACUAAAUCUAUUCGAGCCUUUGCUAAAGAUUUCUUAGCAGAGGAAAAGCAUCUUCACAUUUUGAUCAACAAUGCAGGAGUGAUGAUGUGUCCCUACUCUAAGACAGCAGAUGGCUUUGAGAUGCACAUGGGAGUCAACCACUUGGGUCACUUCCUCCUGACCCAUCUGUUGCUAGAGAAGCUGAAGGAAUCAGCCCCAUCAAGGGUAGUGAAUGUGUCUUCCCUAGCGCAUCACCUGGGGAGGAUCCACUUCCAUAACCUGCAGGGUGAGAAAUUCUACAAUGCAGGUCUGGCCUACUGUCACAGCAAGUUAGCCAACAUUCUCUUCACCCAGGAACUGGCCCGGAGGCUCAAAGGCUCUGGCGUUACGACGUAUUCUGUACACCCUGGCACAGUCAACUCUGAAUUGGUUCGGCACUCACCUUUCAUGAAGUGGAUGUGGUGGCUUUUCUCCUUCUUCAUCAAGACCCCUAAACAGGGAGCCCAGACCAGCCUGUAUUGUGCCAUAACGGAAGGUCUUGAGAUUCUAAAUGGGCAUCAUUUCAGUGACUGCAGUGUGGCGUGGGUCUCUGCCCAGGCUCGGAAUGAGACAAUAGCAAGACGGCUAUGGGAUGUCAGUUGUGACCUGCUGGGCAUCCCCAUGGACUGACAGGUGGUAGCAGUUGGACUCAAGAGAAACCUAUAGCAGACUACUCAGUACUCCCUGCCAAAAUGAUUCUCCUUCAUGGUGACCAAAAUCGUCAGUACAAAGAAAACAAAUCUUCCAGCCUUUCCUGCUUGAUGUCUGAGAAAAGCACAGUGUACAUUGCCAGAUUCAUCAAAACACCUUGCAUUUACUCCAGAUUUAGUUUGCCCUUAUUACUGUCAGUUGCAAGAGAUAUCAGACGAUAAGAUCCUCAGAUGACCUGCGAGCUGAUAUUUGCCGUCUGAAACCUACUACCUAGGAGAAUCUUAGCUAUGGCAAGGUCAAUUUAUGGUAGUUUGGAUUAGUUUCUACCCUCUUUGUUCACAAUAUAGUUCCUCCCAACCACCAUCCAACCUUCAUUUCAAGAGGGUCACACUGCAGCCUCAGCCGAACUCUGAGUCACAGUGGCUUGACUCAAGAGCAGGACUCAUCCCUCACCUAUUAAGAAAACCAUCAUAUGCUAACAUCUGAAUUAUUUCCGGAAACUCUUAACUGAAUCUGGAUUAUGGCAUGGCUUUAUCUCUUGACAACCUAAAGCCACUGCUAUUAAAACACUUUCCAACAUCUAGACCACAGAGAAGAGCUUCCUUUUCUAAGAAGUUUGUGGGGUUUGGAGGAUGGCAGAAAUAAAAGUCAAGCUUAAACUAUCAUUUUCUUACUGUUUCUCAGACCAGCAAGUGGGUAAAGAAAGGGGCAGUAUGGGAAGAUAGACCAUCUACCUGACUUUAGUUAGUGACCCCAGACCGAUGGAGGCCUUUUUGUGUCUUAGUUUCUCUUAUAAAACCAGAAGAAGGAAAAGGCUAUUUGGUGAUUGUCACUGAGUUUAUCUUUGUGUUCUUCUGUAGUCACACAGUGGGGCUUAUUUUCACAGAAUUCAAAAUAACUACAAAGGAAGAGUAUUAAACUGGACCCUGGUGGAGGCAAAUGUUCAAAGAUGGAGCAAACAGUGUCAUCCAGUCUUUGAUACAAAAGAGUAGACCAGCAAAGGGAAGUCAACUCUGUAUAUAUGGUUAACUACUUACCCAGAAGCACAUGGGUAGCAGGGAAGAAGUCUAAAACAGAAAAAUCCUGGAAGAUAAUGCAUGCAGUAAAGGGACUAGUUAAGGACUUAAAAAAAAAAAAACAACAACAAACAAAACUAAA